UUUUCCACAGGUUAUUGAGAUGUUCUCAGUGAAAUGAAGACCUCUUAAGGCAGAUGUUGUCUGUCCUGAAGUCUGGACAUAAUUAUUGUUUUUGUUUAAAAGCCUGAACGCUUCACUGUGCUCACAUUGGGACAGUAAGCUAACCAGCUAGUGCACUAAAGAUAGCAAGCUACUGUUAGCUGCUUCACAUCCUUUCACAGUAAUCUGUGCUAUCUGAGGAUCACACACACACACACACAGACACAGACACAGACACACACACACACACACACACACACACACACACACACACACAGACACAGCUAGGACAAAUUCGGGCCACAUCUUUGAAGCUAAGGAACCAUGACGACGGCUCGCUAUAGGCCCACCUGGGACCUGGCUCUGGACCCGCUGGUGUCCUGUAAGCUGUGUCUAGGAGAGUUCCCCCUGGAGCAGAUGACCACCAUCACACAGUGUCAGUGUGUGUUCUGCACGCUGUGCCUGAAGCAAUAUGUAGAGCUUCUCAUUAAGGAGGGCCUUGAAACUGCUAUCAGCUGUCCAGAUUCUGCCUGUCCAAAACGAGGACAUUUACAAGAAAAUGAGAUUGAGUGCAUGGUGGCGUCAGAGAUAAUGCAGAGAUACAGGAAGCUGCAGUUUGAAAAAGAGGUGCUCUUGGACCCGUGCCGGACAUGGUGCCCGUCAUCAUCGUGCCAGGCCGUGUGCCAGCUGAAGGAGGCGGACUCCUCUCGACCGCAGCUGGUACGCUGCGGUAACUGCACGCUGGAAUUCUGCUCAGCCUGCAAGGCCAGUUGGCACCCAGGCCAGGAGUGUCAGGAGAACCCACCUAUUACUGCCUUUCUUCCUGGAGAGAGCAGUUCUUUCUUUAAGAACGACGACGACGAUGCUCCGAUCAAGCGCUGUCCCAAAUGUAAGGUCUACAUCGAACGAGACGAAGGUUGUGCCCAGAUGAUGUGCAAGAACUGCAAGCAUGCAUUCUGCUGGUACUGCCUGGAGUCUCUAGAUGACGACUUCCUCCUGAUCCAUUACGAUAAAGGACCCUGCCGCAACAAGCUGGGCCACUCCAGAGCCUCUGUGAUUUGGCACAGAACACAGGUCAUCGGUAUCUUUGCUGGUUUCGGCCUGCUCUUGCUGGUAGCCUCUCCAUUCCUGCUUCUGGCCACACCGUUCGUGCUGUGCUGCAAGUGUAAGUGCAGCAAAGGAGACGAUGACCCCUUACCAACUUAACGGACGCCAUGGCUGCCAUCUCCUUUUGUUUUCUUUUUUUCCUCUCCCCCCACACACUCCGGCUUGGAGCUCUUGGAGUGCAUUUGAAGCCGCACUGCGACCCAUCUCACGCCACAACUUGGCUCGGUUCCAGGAGACUGGUAGCAGAUAGCGGGCAUGAUGGCACCAGGCAAUACCUUACACAUGUGCUGCAUGUAACACAGUACAUGGGAGCGGUGGGGUUGCCAGUCGUGCACUCUCGGGGUGUUCUGGUUCUUAGGGGACGUGACUUGUUUAAUUCGAUGCCUGUUGUUCUAGCUGGGGGAUUUGGGAUUAUAGUGGAUCUGCUUGUGGAGAGCUCAUUAAUGAAAUACAUACACACACUGCGCUACAUGUAGCUCUGUGUGUAUUGUAGCACUUGGGUCACUCAUCACUUUACCGGGUUUCUCACUCUAACUUGGACACACAAGGGGCUCGUUGGUCACUUUACAGUCUGCUGUCUGAGUAGGGACUUUUAAUUAAAUGUACAGCAUGGUGUUUACUUUUAUUUUUUUAUUUCUUUUUUUUAUCACAUUGUCAUGUUUUCUUCUUGUUCUUAAUGCAACGGUAAGCUCACCAAACUUUCACUUCAGCAUUGCUGCUAUUAAUAUUAGCAGGAGGCAUACCAUGACCUAACUUCAUGCUAGCUGCCUUUUAUUUUAUUUUAAUUUUAUUUUUCCUCCGUCUCAUCGGAACAGUUUAGGUUUUCCUACAGCAUGCGAAUUUCUUCACAAAGCACUUUACCAAAUCUACUGAAACGUUAAUAAAACAGCCCAAAUUCCAAGCACCAAAAACAUUUCCAAAUCAAAGAAGUUUAAACCACAAUCUGGCCCACUUUUAAACAGAUCCCUUUAAAAGAGCAGCACAACCAGUGCCACAUGCAUGUGCAUUUCGUUCUUGUGACUUGAAACAGGGAAAAAAAAAAAACAGUACAGUCACUGUCAUUGUGGCAUUGAUUCUAAACUCAAGACUGUUUAGAUUUGUAACUUCCUAAUUGAAGUCUAGCACUCUAUCUAUGCAAGUUUGGAAAACCUGGAGCUGUGGGUUGUACCGUCUGUUUGUCCUGCAGGUGAAACAGCGCCUCCAACAGGACACCAGGACGUGUUGCAGACGUAAAUGUUACACAUGAACGCCGGGGUCACCUUCUUAUUAAACAUUUCAGAAGCCUGUAACUAUUAGAAACUGAUUAUAAUUUAAAUAAAUAAUUUGUUAUGAUAUGCACUUACAGGGGGCCUGUAGUCAAUGUAGUCAUGCUCUUAUUCCAUAUCAUUUAUUAAGAAGAAAAAAAAAAGCUGAAUUCAUCUUGUCGAGCAGAAGAGAAUGUGUUAAUGUAGCUGGACAGUAUGUAGUUCACUAGAACUGUGGAAAUCUUUUCCUGUGUUCAUCAAGUAAAGGUGCAUUAUUAGGAGAAUAAUAUAUCUAAGCAUUUGUUUGUUUUUGCACGACUUUUCAGUAGUAAAUCUUUUUCACAUUGUUCACUAGUUAAUGUCGUUCUUCAGUAGCGAUCAGCUUUGAGACAGUUUUAGCCUUAAGUUCUGAGUACCUCACUAAAUCCCUCACUCUUGUAGCUUUGUUUCCUGUCAUUUAUUCUCAGGUCUACCUGAAUGAAGCGGUUUGUUACAGAGUUGUUUAUUUGUUAUGUACAUAUGUCACCCCGGGUGACAUUCGUGCCAAGCAGCUUUAGAAAGCGGGAGACGUUCUUGACACGCAAAUAUGUGCUUGUGUAUUUUGGCCCUUUGUUCUAUGGUCUAAAUUUUUCAUGUGGCUGACUCAUCUUUGAAACAUGUCUUUGUUUUAUUGUUAUGGAUUUGCACACACACUCACACACACACACACACACACACACACACACAAACUGUAAAAAGAUGACAGUCCUAGCAACUGAAAUUUUUUUUGAAUAUAGUCAGAUUAUUAUUUUCCUCAUAAAAGAUUAGUCAGCAAAUGAUAUGAAUAUUAAAUAGGUUUCUAGACAAUUUUACUUAUUUCAGACUUGCUGUAGUCUUGAGUGACUGGCGGAUAAUUCGUCAAAUCGGAAGCAUUUAUUUCUAAAAGCUAUAAAUACAUAGAAGCAUCUGAAAACAGGCAGAACAAUGAAUUUAUAAUAAUCUCACUAUAAGAAAUGUAACUUACAUCUUCCCAUAUUCCCAGAUGGUCACUUGCUAAGAUGUCUCUUUUGCAGUACUUUUUUUUUCUUAUAACCUUAUACACUUCAGGGAUUUUAUGAGUUCACUGAAUACACUGAGUAACGUUAGACUAAUGACGAUAUUUAGUUGAUUAAAUCUUCAUCUUUCUUCAUCAUCACUUUAAUACCUAUUCCAGUUGCCAGUUUUCCCUCACAGGCAACAACUAUGGCUCUUGCACAGAUAUAUACAUGUAUAUUAUUUGUUCAGCAAUGUGACGUUUCUCUCGGAGAGUGUUUCUUUUGUACAGUUUUACAGUUAUGGUUCACUUUUUACUGCAUGCCUAUCUCUCUUUUUGUAGCUCCAGUUUGUUUGUGAGAUUUUUGUGUCUGUAACUCAGCUUUGUCUAUUCCAGACAUUUUUACACCUGUACACUUGCUUUCUAAAGAGAGAAUGUAUGACCAUUGUUAUGUAAUUUGGGGGUCUUUGGCAGUGUUGUAACCUUGCUCCAGAAACUGCUAUUAGAUGACCUUUCUUUAAUGUGUAACUUUGUUUGAUUUUAAUACAUAGAAAUUAAAUAUUAAAUGUAUUUUCUGAAUAUCAUAGAAAAAAAUAAUGCACACUCCCUUUUCAGUGGAUGGUAAAAACCUGUACAUUUGCAUGUGUGUAAAGUACUACAUAAAAGAAAUUAUAGUUUCUUCCAUAAAAAAAGUGUAUUUUUUAUUCUCUGUGCCAUCAAGACUGAAAUUAUCCACAGAUGUCAUUUUUGUACAUCCAUUUAUUGGUAUGUUAUCAGGUAAAACUAUAAUAUACACUGAUCAUAACAGUUAAAGCACUUGGCUAAUAUUGUGUAGUUUCUUAGAAGUUGGCAGCAGAUCAUUAGUUUUGAGUGGAAGUCUUCAUGGAUCAGACGUUUAUCCAGCACAUCCCACAGAUGCUCGAUUGGAUUGAGAUCUGUGGAACUUGGUGGCCAUAUCGUCUUUGUCAUGUUCCUCUAACCAUUACUGAACAAUUGUUGUAGUAUGGCGGGACACAUUAUCCUGCUGAAAGACUCACUUCAUGAAGGGGUGCACUUGGUUUGUAGUAAUGUUUAGGUAGGUGGUAUGGGUCAAAUUACUUUCACGUGAAUGCUAGGAUGCAAGUUAAGUCACUUAAAUGAGCUCGUUGUGUCUUAUGUACACUGGUUGUCCUUGUGUGUGCCACUUUUGGUAGAUACUAAUUACUGCAUAUUAGGGACACCCCAUACGACCUGCUGUGUAUGGUCCAU